UUGUUUUUGUUUACGCGGCUGAUAAUACGAAACGUGUUUGUGCUGUUCGUUUGGAUUCAGUGGCUCUUAUUAUAAAAAUAUUAUUCCUCUGUUAAUAAUACUUGUUCUAAGAACGGUGUAAAGUUUGUAUUGUGAACGUUUUAUUGAAUUGAAAAACCCGACGAAGAGCAAUCGCUAUUGGAGGAGGACGCUACCGCUUUAAACUAUCCUGGACGGACUGGACGGUUGUGCGUGAAUGAAUGGAAAAUGAUGCACUACAAGAAGGGUAAAAACGUCGAGGAGGAGCUUUCGAAGGAGAAAAUUCCGAUCGUUGGUCUUCCGGAUAAAUUUUUGUGGAUGCACGUGAAAGGUGGUUCACGGAUAUUCAACCUAGUUGAUUACGCGCGGAAAGCACUGGAGUCCGGCGAAUAUCGAGCCAUGGUCUGGAGUGGUUCCGGUGGUGGCACCGGGAAAACCAUCAGCUGUGCCGAGAUAAUGAAGAAAGACUUCGAGCUACAUCAGCUGACGCGGGUGUGCUACAGCAAGGUAGAAGAAUACUGGGAUCCUCAGCAGGAAGGUCUGGAACAGAUAGUGGCAACCAGAAAAAUUCCGAGCAUUCACAUCCUCUUAUCGUUGGAUGAACUUGAUUCCAAAACAAAUGGCUACCAGCACUCGAAAACACGAACAACCUUCUGGUUGGAAGCAGAUUCAGAGGGCAAAUCCGGCGAGCACAGAAAGGGACCGAAUUACUUCACCGGACCACAGUUGAAGAAACGACCGAACAAGCAUUACGGAGAUAGAAAUGCAGCAUCCAACGGAAGUACGUCCGGAGUAAAUAACGGCAGUAGCGGUAAUAGGAAUAAAAGCAAAAACAAGCACAAAAAUGAUAAGACUACUACUAGCGAAAACCGGAAAAAUCAGACCGAACCAUCAAGUGGGAAUGCGCAGCACAGUACCAGGAAAGCGAAAAACAGUUCUAAUCGCGAUAAGUCUACGGAAAGUGCUUCCAAAAACAACUCUCUAUUGGAAAACGUUCAGACACCUGGAACAUCGGGAAAUACUUGAAAUUUAGUAAUUGGUAAGUUCAACCGU